GGGCACUAACUUUUAAAAAUGGCUGCCCCCAUGAAGGAGGCAGAUUCAAACCGAAGAAAACUAGAAGAUGAUGCUCUGGACUUAUCUUCGCCUUCUUUUGAUCCUCUAAGAGCUCUUUAUAGCAGAAGGACUCAGUUGCCAUGUCCAGACAUAGUUCCACUAAAUAACAUCGCCGAAUAUGUAUCUUACAGUGAAGGGAAAUCCAGACGUCAGAGAAGAAGACAAACAGACACUGUGGCAGUGAAGCCUCAGGAGGACGAUGGAAAAUCAAUAUCACGUGAUACCAAGGAAAGUUUUAGCCAAAAGUGUGCGUCUGGACAGAAUACUACAACACAAAAUGACAAUGCUGACAAUUUUGCAAAAGCCACCACGGGUAAUGAUGAGAGGGAUGAUAAAAGAAAAACACCGAGAAACAGAAGGAAUGUCCUCACAAGAUUGGAAGGCUACCAAAGAGGACCACUUAGUUUUCUGCGAAGAUGUGUAAAUGAAAAGUUAUUAAUUCAAGUUUGGAUUCGGAGUGCAGUUGAUCUAAGGGGAAUGUGCAAAGGCUAUCUUAUAUCUUUUGACAAGCAUUUUAAUUUGGCAAUGAUAGAUGUGGAUGAGCUCUAUAGAUGCCCAAUUUCAAAAGAAAUGCAACAACGCAAAGAAAACAAGAGAGAGAAGCGAAGACUUAAACAACUAAAGGAUCAAAUGGCCGAGUUAUCGGUAACUGAACAACCUUUAACCACCACAGAUGUUUGUUUAAGGACUUCUGUCAACAGAGAGGAAAGUGAAAACAAAAUCUUAUCCUCUUCUCUGGCACCUAACGAAACAACAGCACCCAAAACAGAAUUAAUACAAGAAUCACUUGACAAAGACUUUUCAAAAGUUCAACCUGUGAAGAGUAUUGAAACAUUAGAUAAAAAUCUGAACGAUUCAUUGAAAGGUACUAAAGAAAACAAAAUCAUAUCCUCUUCUCUGGCACCUAAUGAAACAACGGCACCCAAAACAGAAUUAACACAAGAAUCACUUGACAAAGACUUCUCAAAAGUUCAACCUGUGAAGAGUUUUGAAAUAUUAGAUAGAAAUCUGAAAGAUUCAUUGAAAGGUACUGAAGAAAGUGACUUGGACAGUUCAAAUAGGCAAGAUCAAAUUGCUGAACAAGUUCAAUCUACUGAACGGAGCACUUUACCAUGUGAACAGGUUCCAGCCACUUCCAGUGAACAGGAUCCUGUCUCUGUUUGUGAAGAACCAGCAUCCCAGAAAUCUUCCUCUCCUUUUAGAGAAAGACAUGUAAAUCAGUUGUUUAUUAGAGGAGAUAAUGUUGUUUCCAUUAUGAUUUUAGAUUAACAUUGCUUAUUAACAGAGGAGAUAUAAAUGUAAAUUUAUGUGGUUUCCUUUUCUAUGAUGUUGGAGUAAAAUUGUUCUUUAUUAGAGAUUGUUGGUUUUUAGGUCACCUGAGUAAACUUGGGUGACCUAUUGUAAUUGGCUGUUGUCGUGUGUUGUGUGUCAUGUUUAACUUCUUGAUAAAUACCAUUCCAAUUCUUUUCAAAUUUGGUAUGAAGCAUUGUUGGGACAAGGGGGACCUAAAUUGUAAAUUUCUGGAUUUCUGCACCCCUGGGGCGUUAGGGUCGGGGCAAAAAUUAACCAAUUUUCAAAAUUUUUUUUUUUUUUUUACAACCACACAUGUGUAAGAGAAACUAAAUGUAUAGUGAUGUUGAUCAGGAAAACUUAUACCAAAAUUGUAAAUUUCAUAAUCCCUGGGUUUAGCUUCUGACUCCAGGGAGGGUCCAAACUUGGUAUUUACAAUAUAUAUUUGUAAAACAUUUAGACGAUACCUUAUUUAAUGCUAUUGAAACUAAAUAGAUAUAGAAGGAGUAGGUAGUCCAUUACCAAAAUUGUAAAUUUCAUGAUCCUAGUGGCUAAGGGUCUGGUUCCAGGGUAGAGCCAAAUUACUAUUGUGAUUAUAUUUUCUUUAUCAUUUGAAAUACUUCUUGAAGUUUGCUGAUAUGGUAUAUAAACUACAUGCAUAUUUAGGAUGUACCAAACUUGUGAAUUUCACAAGCCCAGGAUAUGACUCUAGGAUCAUUAAUGUUACAUAUAUUAUAUUAUGUAAAGCCUUUCAUCGCUAUCGCCAAGUUCGAGGGCAUUUAAAAGAAAGAUAUUUUCUUUAAACUUGUGUGUACUUUUGUUGAAGAUUAGUACCAGUAUUCAAAACAGGAUUUUUUUUCUAGAUUUCGAAAGCCUGUGGACUAGUGAUACAUAUAACUACUGUAAUACUCAGGUGACCGAUAAAGCCUGUGGACUAGUGAUACUUAUAACUAGUACUCAGGUGACCGAUAAAGCCUGUGGACUAGUGAUACUUAUAACUAGUACUCAGGUGACCGAUAAAGCCUGUGGACUAGUGAUACUUAUAGCUAGUACUCAGGUGACCGAUAAAGCCUGUGGACUAGUGAUACUUAUAGCUAGUACUCAGGUGACCGAUAAAGCCUGUGGACUAGUGAUACUUAUAACUAGUACUCAGGUGACUGAUAAAGCCUGUGGACUAGUGAUACUUAUAGCUAAUACUCAGGUGACUGAUAAAGCCUGUGGACUAGUGAUACUUAUAACUAGUACUCAGGUGACUGAUAAAGCCUGUGGACUAGUGAUACUUAUAACUAAUACUCAGGUGACCGAUAAAGCCUGUGGACUAGUGAUACUUAUAGCUAAUACUCAGGUGACUGAUAAAGCCUGUGGACUAGUGAUACUUAUAGCUAGUACUCAGGUGACCGAUAAAGCCUGUGUACUAGUGAUACAACUAAUACUCAGGUGACCGAUAAGGCCUCUGAGGACCUCUUGUUCUAUUAAGAUAUUGAAAUAAACUUGUUGAUUGAA